CUGGAGAGGAUCGGAAUCCAUUUGCCCCCAUAUAACUUACUGUUUUUUCCAUGACACAUAUUUUGCAAUGGAGCCCACAUGGCAGAUAAAAAUAACUUUUGCAAGAUCCGUGUCCUUCGGCAUAGAGAUCCACAGAUAAGAUUCUUUUUAAGCCCAAAUUACUUAUUUGCGACUAAUUAAGAAAGUGCACCGUUUUUUUCUCUUUUCUACCCGAACUCUCGUGGAAAUGGUCCCGGUCAUCGACCUACUGAACUUACCGGAGGAGAACGGUAAGCUCUUGGCGGCCUGCGAAGGUUCCGGGUGCUUCCGGGUGGUCAACCACGGCGUGCCUGCUUCGCUGCAGGCGGAGAUGAAGGCGGCGGUUGGCUCCCUCUUCGGCCUCUCCGACGAUGUCAAGCGUCGGAACAAGGACGUAAUCUUCGGCAGCGGUUAUCGGGGACCGAGCCCGAUCAACCCGCUUUUCGAGGCGUUUGGGAUUUACAACGCUGCAAGUUUGGACGAUGUAGGUGCUUUCUGCUCCCUCCUUAAUGCUUCCCCUCACCAAAGAGAAGUCAUCAAGCGUUAUGCCUCCAAGCUCCACGCGCUAGCAGUUAGCAUUGCAAGCGAGAUAGCGGAGAGCAUGGGCCUAGUGGGCUUCUCAUUCAAAGAGUGGGCAUGCCUGUUAAGGCCCAACAAGUACAGCUUCACGAAAGAGAGUGUGGGCUCUCCUGGUGUUUUCACCCACACUGAUACCUCUUUCCUCACUCUCCUACAAGAAGAUGAGUGUGUUGGUGGGCUCGAGAUGAUGGACGGGCCUUCAGGUGCAUUUGUGGCCGUGGAUCCUGUCCCUGGCUCAUUUCUGGUCAACAUUGGGGAUGUUGGCAAGGCUUGGAGUAAUGGGAGGCUACACAAUGUAAAGCACAGAGUAAUAUGCAACAAAGCUGUCCCCCGACUGUCAAUUGCCUUCUUCCUGCUGGUGCCGAAAGACGGUAAGGUGGAGGCUCCGGCCGAGCUGGUGGACUCCAGCCAUCCUCGGCUCUACCGCUCCUUCGAGUACGUAGAGUACAGAAAGCUUCUGCUCUCCACAAAGUCAUUCACAGGCGAAGCCCUCUCUCUUUUAGCUGACGAUGCUCCAGGGGUCACCAAUGUUUAGUUUUCUUCGAUCUCGUUGUUGGUUGUUUCUUAUUACUAGAAGAGAUUUGUCUCAGAUUAAUGAAUUUUAGACUAUAGCUUCACUCUUUCUGGGCUAGUAGCUAAAGGAGGAAAUAACUAUGACCGAUGCAUGGUGGUUUGUGACUUGGAUUCUUUCUGCUCCUGCGGUAACCAGGAGAAUUCCGUGAAAUUGAUCGAGGGAGAGAAAGGUGCACAAUAUAUGUAAAAACUAAGGCUAAAUAUCAUUAAAAAAAACACUUUAACUUUGGACGGUUGUAAGAAAACUUUUUUUUAACAUUCAAGAUAUUAGAAAACCUCCCUAAGUUUAGGGGUUAAUAAUUAUAACCCCGUUUAACUUCGAGGGAUAAAAUCUCACAACUAGAAAGGGUUUUUUUUCAAAAAAAAUCUAAAAGUGUGAACGUGGGAUGGGGG